AGUUGUGAACCUAGGUUCAGAAAAGAUGAACCCCGGUUCUGUUGUUGCCCUAACAUUAAAUAUGAACAUCACUCGUAACCAGGCAAUCUGCAUGCUUUUUUGUGAAGAGUACAGCGAUGAUAAUGCAACAAGACUGGCAAAAAAGAUUGAACAACUUGGUGCUUUCGAUGUGUGCUACGAAAAUGAUCCCAGGCGACCCGUUCUUGUCAAUUUAUUUGCAAUUCGCAACGAUCCAUUCACUUUCAAACGUUAUCUCACGGCACGUUCACAGCCUGAUAUUGAAAAGAAAGAAAAUAUGAAAUUUGAACUUGAUUCGGAAUCACAAGUGGUAUCAUUUCUAAAUGAAGCGUUUCGUCCCUACGUUGAACCACAAAAUGCUUGCUAUUCUCUUAAAAAUAUAACGAUGAAAGAUGUGUAUAUGUCGGUCAUUCCAAAAACCCAAUGUUUGAACGGAAAAUCGGAGGUAGCUUUUGCUUUGUGGUGCUCAAAGAGAAAAGUGGAUUUGAUGAAUGUGCCGAUCAGCCGGAAAAGGGAAAGAGAAUCCAACAAGCGCUAUCGAAAACUCUAUGUCAUGAAAGAUGAAUACCAAGACGAUGUUGUAGAAGCCGUCGCAACCCAUAUACCUCGUUACCACAACUACAUUCAAUCUUUGAAGAAACAAAACCUUUCCAUCAUUGGAUAUGCUAGGAAAUCCCCAGGCUGCGAAAGCAAUGAAAACAGGAAAACACUUUUAAAUCGCAUGGUGAAGUGUUUACAAGAGAGAUCGUUAUGUGACAAGAUCUUUGUGUCAUCUUAUUCAGUUGCUGAUGAACCUCUUAUGUCGAGAGAUAUGAAUGAAAGCAACGAUUUGUCAAAUGGAUUGGAAUGCGUGUUUGGAAACACUCAAGCCAUGAUCUCGUAUAUUCGAUCGUCAGAAAAAAACGUUUGCCUUGUGGCUAUUGACUUUUCCGGGCUGUCCACAAACACCAAUGACUUAACAACCUUCAUUGAAAACCACGAAAACUUAAAAACAAUCAUUAUUGACACCUUGCCGUACAAGCACAAAGUCCACGUAUUCGAGAGACACUCUGUUUUGGAAAAUCCAUCUCUUUUGAAUGCAUUCAAUUGCAGAUCAAAACCCGUUCAAAGAUCUAAAGAUGUUUAAUUUUUUAUAUGUGAUAUAAAUAAAAUGGGAGAUUUCAAAAGUGU